AUGACCUACACCUCCACAACAACACUGGCAGAUAUCUGGGCAGGACUGGAUAUAUCACAGAAAAGGUCCAUCCAAGAUCAGCUCAACCAAAUCCUAACCGAUCUAAAGUCUCUUUCACAUCCUACUGGGACGCCUUCUGGAGGGGUUUGUGGUGAAGGCCGUAAAGAUAUUAGGAGACAUCUCCGCCGUAGUACUAACCCUAUUCUGACUAUUGAAGAUUUCAAGAGUUUUCUCUUCCUCUCUUUACGCACUUCUAUUUUUAUAGAGUUUAUUAACCGGCUCCGUCAACGCUAUACCGCACCCCAGCAAUUAGAAAUUCGAUCUGCGUUUACACAUGGUGACCUACGACCAGAUAAUAUUACUAUAGAACCCAGUAAUGACUACCAAUUCCAAGUUACUGGUCUUCUCGAUUGGGAAUAUAGUGGGUUCUAUCCUGAGUAUUACGAGUUGAUUAGGAGCACAACAAACGGUCUCAGUUUUUCUACGGAUGAUGACUGGUACUUGUUUCUAUCUGACUCUAUUUCACCAGAACGCUAUGGCAUGUGGUGGUUACUGGACUACGCUUAG